AGUUUCUGAGGCCAGAUUUGAACUCAGGUGUUCCUGACUCUAGGCCCAGCACCGUAUCAACUCUGGUAUUUAGCUGCCUCUAAGUGCCUAUCUUGGUGACCCUGCGUGGUCAGAAGCAUAAUGGAUAGAGAUGGUGUUUGGAAGCCUCACUAUGGAAAGAGAGGGGAUUCCAAAGCAUUGAAUACUCCAAGGGACAGCAAAGACCAUCAAGGGGAAGAGAAGAGCGUUCCUUAAUAUUGUUCUUUAAAUUCUUUGGGGGACCCAGAGUAUUGUGGACCACAACCAGGUGGUGUAAGGAGGCAUGGAUUCAGUGUUGGCUCUGCAGCUGGCUUGCUGCGUGACCAUUGGCAAGUCACUGCCUUUGUCUGGGCGUUCCUUUUUCCAUUUGUUAAAUGGAAAUGAUAACGCCUACUCUGUAUCUCCCAGCAAGUAGAUCACUUAGACUCCUGAAAUCCUAGAACACUAGAGCUGGAAGAAGCUUGGAGAACAAAACGUAGGAUGUCAGCUGGAAAGAAUUCAGGACAUGGACUGUCAGAGCUGGGAAGGACAUGAGAACCCAAUUCUGUUUUGCACUCUCAACAGCCACAAGGUGGACAUGCAGAGGCUGCUGGGGGGCCAGAUUGGUCUGGAGGACUUUAUCUUUGCCCAUGUACGUGGUGAGACCAAGGAGGUGGAGGUCACGAAGACAGAGGAUGCGUUGGGGCUCACCAUCACAGACAACGGGGCGGGCUAUGCCUUCAUCAAGAGGAUCAAGGAAGGAAGUAUCAUUAACCGGAUUGAAGCAGUUUGCGUGGGCGACAGCAUAGAGGCCAUCAAUGACCAGACCAUCGUGGGCUGCCGACACUAUGAGGUGGCCAAGAUGCUUCGGGAGCUGCCCAAGGCCCAGCCCUUCACCUUGAGGCUAGUGCAGCCCAAAAGGGCCUUUGAUAUGAUCGGCCAGAGGACCCGGAGCAGCAAGUGCCCUGGGGAGGGGAAGGUGACCAGUGGGAGGGAGACUCUUCGUCUCCGGGCCCGGGGUUCUGCGACAGUGGAGGAGGUGCCCAGUGAGUUUGAGGAGGAGGCUGCCCGAAGGGUGGAUGACCUGUUGGAGAGUUACAUGGGCAUCCGGGACCCAGACCUGGGUAAGGGGCCAGGCCUCAACUCUGGUGGAGACGUCCAAAGAGACUCAGAGCGCUCAGGAGUUUGCGCGCGGCUUGGACUCCGUCUUGGGCGAGUUUGCCUUCCCCGACGAAUUUGUGGUGGAAGUGUGGGCAGCGAUAGGAGAGGCCAAGGAAGCCUGCGGCUAGGCAGGUCUCUGGCCCGGAACCCUGGAACCCAGGAUGGCCCAGAAACCCUGGUCCGGCCCCCGCCUGUUAGGCCCUGGCCCAAGACCCACAGCUUAGUCCCCCAGCCCCAGGCACCAACCCAGGUUUUGAAAGCUGGUCCCCAGAAGUCGGCUCAGCCUCAGUGCAGCCAUCAGAAGCUAGGCCAGUCUUCUGACUCCCCUAAACAAGCUCAGUACUCUGGCCACCGAAAGCUAGCCCACCCCUCUGGUUCACAGAGGAUGGCCCCAAUUCCUGGCUCCCAGAAGCCAUCCCAGUCCUCUGAACCCUCCAAACAAGUUCAGUGUCCUGGCUCCCAAAAACCUGUUCAAGGCUCUAGCUCCCCAAAGUUAGCUCAGAUAACCUGCUCCCAGAGAAUGGUACAGCCUUCUGAGCCCCCCAAACAGCCUCAGGGUUCUUGUCCUCAGAAGCCAGCCCAAACUUCUGACUCCCCAAAACAGUCUCCAUCCUCUGGCCCCCAGGAGCCAGCCCUGCCCUUGGGGUCCUCAAAACAGAGCCAGCCUUCUGAUUCCCCUAAACAGGCUCAGUGCUCUGGUCCUCAUAAUCUGGUUGAGUCUUCUGAACCCCGACAAAAGGCUCAAUUUUAUGACCCUCAAAAGUCAGUUCAGCCUUCUGACUCCCCAAAAGAGGCUCAGUUCUCUAGCCUCCAGAAGUCGGCUCAGACUUCUGACCUCCCAAAACAGGCCCAGUGCUCUAACCCUCAUAAAUUGGAUAAGACCCUAGACCCCCAUAAAUUAGCACAGUCAGCUGAACUGCACUCUUCCCCACCAAAGUUGUCCCAGAUGACUAACUCCCCAAAACAAGCUCAAUUAUCUGGCCCCCAGAAGUUAAUCCAGGCCUAUGAUCCUCCAAAACAGGUUCAGUUUUCUGGCUUGCUGAAACCAGCUCAAUCUUUGGAUCCCCCAAAACAGAUUCAAUUCUUGGACCCCCAGAAGUCAGCCCAGUCUUCUGACCCUCCGAAACAGGCCCAGAACUCUGCUCCCCAGAAGCUGGCUCAGCUCUCUGACCUCCCAAAACAGGCUCAGUUUUCUGGCCCCCAAAAGGUGGCUCAGCCCUCUGAUCUCUCAAAACAGGUUCGGUUCUCUGAUCUGGUGAAACCUGCUCAACUUUCUGAUCCCCCAAAACAGGCUCAAUUCUCUAGCCCCCAAAAGCCAGUCCAGUCUGAUGACUUCCCCAAACAGGUUCAAUUCUCUUGCCCCCAGAAAUUAGCACAGCCAUCUGACCACCCUAAGCAGACCCAGCACUCUGUGUCUCCAAAGCUGGCCCAGAUCACUGACCCCUCAAAACAGGCUCAGUUAUCCGGUCGUCAGAAGCCAGCCCAGACUUCUGCCUCUCUGACACAGCACCAGCACUGUGUCUCCCAGAAGUUGGCUCAGCCUUUGGACCCCCCAAAACAGGUUCAAUUUUCUGACCCCUCAAAGCAUGCUCAGUGCCCUGGCUCUCAGAAGUCAGCCCAGUUUUCUGACCUUCCAAAACAGGCCCAGCAUUCUGCUCCCCAGAAGUUGGCUCAACCCUAUGACCCCCCAAUACAGGUUCAAUUCUCUAGCCCCCAGAAGCCAGCCCUGCUCUCUGACCCCUCAAAACAUGCUCAGUACCCUGGCUCUCAGAAGUCAGCCCAGUGUUCUGACCCAAAACAGGAUCAGGAUUCUGCUCCCCAGAAGUUGUCUCAGCCCUCUGACCCCCCAAUACAGGUUCAAUUCUCUGGCCCCCGGAAGUUGGCCCAGCCCUCUGACCCCCUAUUACAGGCUCAAUUCCCUGGCGUUCAGAAGUCUGCUCAGCCCUCUGGCCCCUCAAAACAGGUUCAAUUCUCUGGUCCCCAGAAGCCAGCCUUGCUCUCUGACCCCCCAAAACAUGCUCAUUGCUCUGACCCUCAGAAGUCAGCCCAGUCUUCUGACCCAAAACAAGAUCAGCAUUCUACCCUCCAGAAAGUGGCUCAGCCUUCUGAUCUCCCCAAACAAACUGAAUUUUCUGCUCCCCAGAAGUCAGCUCAGCCCUCUGGCCCCCCAAAACAGGCUCAAUUCUCUGGCUCCCAGAAGCCAUCCCAGCCCUCUGACUCCCUAAAACAUGCUCAUUGCUCUGGCCUUCAGAAGUUAGCCCAGCCUUCUGACCUCAAACAGGAUCAGAAAUUGGCUCCGCUCUCUGAUCCCCCCAAACAGGCUCAGAUUGCUAUCCCCCAGAAGCCAGCUCAGCCCUCUGGCCCCCUAAAACAGGUUCAGUUCUCUAGCCCCCCAAAGCUAGCCCAGCUCUCUGACCCCACAAAACAGGUUCAGUGCACUGGCCUUGAGAGGCUAGUUGAUAGCCCAGACUCCCAGAAAUCAGCACGGGCAUCUGACCCCCCAAAGCAAGUUCAGGCUUCUAAUUCCCCAAAGUUAGCUGUGGCCAUCCACUCCCAGAUGCCAGCUCCCAAACAGGCUCAGAGUUCUGGACCCCAGAAGCCAGCCCAAAUUGUCAGCCCUUCGAAGCUGGCUCAAGGCCCCAGCCCUCAGCUGCAGGCCUCCAGACAAGGCCCCUCCAUCCCGGGCCCCAGACCCCGACCCAGUUCCCCACACAAUCCCAAGGUCCCUAUCCCCCUAACCCGAGGUCCUCUCCCUUAUCCUCCUUCAGGGCCCCCCAAGCCCAGCUCUGGGAUCCAGGGGGCCACUACUACUCCUCAGGGGUCUUUUCCUGGUCAGGGUGGGUUGUCACAGACCCCUCCCCAAGGUGGUUCUAUUCCUCUUACCCAGAGUGCCUGGGUCCCAGGGAGCUGGGCCCAGGGCCCAGGAGGAGAUAUCGGAAUCAGGUGGAGCCGGGGGGGCCAGAUGGAAACAGGGGGUUCAGUUUCCUCUGGCUCUGGCCUCUGCUGAGUCUUUGGCUCAGAGGCCCGUAAGGGGAUCCAGAGCUGGGGAGAAGGGGUAUCUAGGUCCCCCCAGUGCUCAACCAGUUGCUUCUAUCUGUACCUUGAGGCAUGUGAAGAUUAAAAGCAAUUCCUAUGUU